GAACAAAUCGGCUUUUAGGAUGAGAAAUUACCUCUAUGUUUUAUUAACAUGAUGUGAUUUCUGAUAAUGAGAUGUGCUGGGGUUGUGAGAGUAAAAAACAUCCCCAAAUCCGAGCAGGGUAGAACUGCUAACGUUAGCUUAGAUUCUGAUAGCAUCCAGGCUUCCACAGUGAUUAAAGACUACAUAGCGGAUGUGAUAGCUGUGUAGUAUUUAUUAAUCAUAUUAUGAUGGGAAUAUAACCCAUCAAACUAAUUAAUGAUAUGCAAAAGCUAUCCUUUGUGUUUCUACUACUGUCAUAGAUGGCCAGACAUACUGAUAAUUGCAGCUUAAGUUAGAACAGAAAAAUACACAAUUCAUUUAAAUUCUUUAAGUUUUUGCUCUUGUGUUUUGAGCUUUUGAAAGGCAUAAAAAAGUCACCUCUCUUUUAGCCUACACCUGGCCAGGACCUAGCUUACAGAUAAAAUCUAGCCUCUUUGCUAAUUCUUGCAUGUUAACAUUAGGUCCAAUGUUCAUUUAUAUGCCCUGUCCCUGACACUGCUUUAUCGUGACAGCAGAAACAAACAACUGUUCAACUUUCUUGUUAGCAUGGCUACUGCUAGCUGCCUUGCUAAAGCAAAGAACAAACAAAAAACAAACUGUAAGAAUUCCACUUUGACCAAGAAACACUGAUGUCAGCGCUAUGAAAAAAGGCAGAGUAAAGCACUUGCUUAUAUUGAUAAGUCGGCAGGUUUUGUUUCUUAUCUAGAAGCAACAAUGGCUGUUCUAGUUGUUCCACCAUUAGGCUACAUAAAUUAUGGUUGCUAAGCUAUCGCAACAGACAAUGUGGAGGGGAGGGCUUGAACAAACAUGAUGCAACAAAAGAUUUUCCAAACGUAGAGGCUUUACUAUAAAUCAUAAUCAAUAUAAACAUGAGUUUCACUCUGGGACAUGUCUGCUCUGUCUCUUGCACAUUGUAAACUCCUCCUGACUGACUGUGCUCCUAUUUUAUUUAUUUCUGCGUCAGGGCAUUGAGGUAGCAGGAAGGAGACAGGGAAAACACAAGCAGAGAGUUUGGCUCAAAGUUUUCUCCAGCGGCCUGAAAAUCCUGGAUGAACGGACCGGGGAGCAGAAUCAGCUCUCUACAGAAAGAUGAAUCUGACCCCAGAGCUCUGUCCUACGUCUACCAACACGAAGACACCUACAUCCUGUUCUACAUCAGGACAGCCACUCUGGCAGAUCCAGUCCUGGCUGACAUUGCGACGGUUUGUCGGGGUGUGGAGCACGAGACACCACAGGAACAUCCACAGGCACCGACACAAACCAGUCCUCCACUGCUUCCAAAUGACAUUUCUGCCCCUCCAGCAGAGGGACCAGCUUUAGAGAAUAUCUUUGGUCCACCAGACUCUUCAUCAGGACCUUCACACCAGUGUUUUCUUUUUCUCUGCCUCCAGGCUUCUUCCACUAAUGAGUUGAUGGAAAUCUUCUCCCCCCAGACGGAAGCAACGCUGGUGCCCUGCCAGAGUCCAGGUAGCAGUCAGCCAGUAGCAUCAGCCUGGAUAUUGACUCACUGCUGGACAUGGAGCACUUUAUCCAUCAUUAAAACAUCACUAAAGGCAAAUAUGGGGGAAAGCGUCGAUGUCAAGGCUCUGAGGGCCAGGUUCAACAACAAGGCCAGCACCUCGGACACCAGCAGCCGAGACAGCGGCUCCCCGAAAUCUCCACGACCUGGGUUUGGGAGGGCGAUCCUGCCUGUGACGGACAACGAUCUGGCCCAUCAGAGACUGUCUCCCAUAGUUCCUCCACCUGCGAUGGCCGGCCCGGGCAUAAUGAGGUUCCCAAGGGUGGAGCCAGUGGCAGCGCCCGUCCCCGCCAGACCCGUUGCCUUCCCUCGACCACCGCCGAAUCCUGGAGUCAGACCAUCUAUCCAGCCAGCAGACGCCACCAAGGUGAAGCAGACAGGGGAGAUGCUACAGAACAUAAUGCUGAGGCACCCGAGGCCUCCAGGCAUCAGACCGGCCCUUGCUCCAGUUCCAGCUCAGGCCCAUGCGCUGGCUCACUCCUCCACCCCUCCACCGCUCCGCCAGCAGCCUCGACAGAGGAGCACGGGGGAAGUGACCCCACUGAGGAAGCAUCUGCCCCCUGAAGGACCCCUGCCUUUGAAGCCCAAACGGCCUCCCAAUGUCAACCUGGAGCCCUAUAAGAAGUUCAGGCGAGGACCUGCACUCCCUGCCCCAAGGAAGCAAGACACAGGUUCUCCAGGCCCAGUCAGCAGAAACAUGUCUUCACCUGCAGUAAGCAGUCCUCCAAAACCGCCUCAACGACCCAACAAACCCAGCAGCCUGCAGCGGCAAGUCGCCUCCUUGGACAUUGAUGAUGACCAGGACACGUACGACGACAUUGCCAGCUUUGACAAGAACGAGUCCUGGAGUGACAACAGUUCACAGUGCAUGGAUGGGGAUGAUGAAGACGUGUACGAGUCUAUUGAUGAAGACCAGGUGGAUGUGAACAGGAUGAAUGCUGAGAAGAGUAACAAAAAAGAAGCAAAGAAGCGACAGGAGCAGGAGAAGAAAGAGCAGAUGGAGCGUCGGAAGAAAGAAAAUGAGUUGAAGAAGAACUUUCAGUUGCAAGGGGAGGUGGAGGUUCUCCAUACAGCCAGAGUCCGGCAUGACUGGAACGGAGGAGGAAAACUGGACCUCAGCGUACGACAGGGAGAGAGUGUGGAGAUCCUCAGAGUGAAGAACAACCCAGGAGGCAAAUGGUUGGCUCGGUCUCUGAACGGAAACUACGGCUACAUCAGCAACACGUGUGUGGAUGUUGACUAUGAGGCAGUGAAGCGAAAAGUGCUCGAGUCCAGAAAAUUAGACACAUCGCCGCUGCCACCGCCACCUCCAGACCCCCCACUGAUGUUAAAUGUGGAGUCUUAUAACAGAGACAGCAUGCUUGAAGAUGAUGACAGCUAUGAUGACGUUCAACCACUACCGGAGGAUUUCCCCCCACCACCGCCUGAAAUCAGCAUAGAUCCCAAGGUGAGGAAGGAGCUAAAAAAGAAAUUUAAGUACGAGGGGCCUCUCAAGGUGCUGCACACCAUGAUGGUGGAUCCUAAUUGUGUCAUAAAGAAGCCAGAUAAGAAUUAUCUCCAGGUGACGCAGGGAGAAAUCCUGGACAUCAUCGAUCUCACCAGCGUCAAGAAAGCUCUCUGUCGCAACCAGUUUGGAAAAUAUGGUUACGUGUCCAGAUCUCUUCUUCUCCCAAUGGAAGGAGACAUUUAUGACGAUGUUGACUAUCCAGGCGACAUCUAUGACAACGACUCAUCACACACUGAUCAUUAAAACAUCAAACUAAACACACACCGAAACAGAAGAAACAAACUAUAAAUUAAAAACUGUAUAAAAGUAUAUAUCAUAUCCAUAAAGAUUUUUGCUUUAUUUGACUCCGUGCUGCACAGCACGGUAUUCUAUCACAAUUGAGAUGAAAAGGUAAAGAACUGUAUGGCUCACAAACAAACAAACUAUGAUAGAAAAUGAAACAAACUAUCUCACUUAAAACUAAACAACACAUGACAGAAAAUCCCACCAAUACUGUAAAUGCCCUGUGCUGCGAAUAACAAACUGUCAACAUUGCAUCGUUCCUCAAACUGCUUGUAUAGAAAAUGAAUACACUAUUAUUGUGGUUUUUCUUUUUUUUGUUUUUUUGCUUGACUUCUGAGAUAAUGUAAAAUAAUGAAUAAAGUUUUUUUCUGUUAA